GUACAUUUCGGCUCGGGUAUAUAAAACCUUCUGCUUCGCCCUCCUGAGGUACAAUACUCUUCCUCCCUCACUCACUGGAACUCUUUCCGAAGAGACUCGUCGUCUAUUCACCAUGAAGGUUAUGCUCCUGAUCGCCCUAGGCCUAGUGGCUGUAGCCGUGGCCCGCCCCGACGAAAUCCUGGACUUCGAAGGCGAUGACGCCGAGCACGAGCAAGAAGGAACCCCCGGCAAAGCAGUCACUGGAGAAUACACCUGGGAAAGUCCUGAAGGAAUCGAAUUCGUGGUCAAGUACAUCGCUGACGACAAGGGCUACAGAGUCCUCGAGUCCAACGCCGUGCCCUCAGCAGGAGGAGUCCGCGCCGACGGGGAACAGGCCGACCUCGAAGGAGACGAAGACGACGAAGAAGAAGAUGAUGACAAAUAAGCCAGAUGUUCCAAGACUUUUGCUCAAGACUUUGUCCUCUCUGUUUCUCUGCUUCAGUUUGUAUAUUUCCUCUCUUUCAUAGACCGACCAUGACUUCAGUUAUCUAUUUAUUUAUUCUAACACUGCCUUCAUGGGAGGUCAUUUUUGUACCCUCCGAUUUUGAAUCUUUCUAAGGUUAUUGUAAAUAAACGAUAAACAUUA